AUGAGCAUCACCACAAGCCCAAGCGUCAUCCCGGUGUCUACAUACCAAUACUCGGCUCUGUCGGUCGGCUCUAUACGCUUGCUUCGUCUGCAACCUCACGCCGAUCAACGUGCUCCCAUACAAUGCCAGCUUUUCGAAUACCGUCUCUCCACCUCCGUGAGCGGCACUCAUCUCUACGAGGCUCUAUCCUAUGUAUGGGGGUCUGCCGUAAGGUCUGAGCUUAUUAACACGGAUGACGGGGACCUGUACGUCACCAGGAACCUGUACAGCGCUUUGUUGGGACUUCGAGAUUGCGCACUCCCAAGAAUACUAUGGGCGGAUGCGGUGUGUAUUAACCAAGAUGAUCUGGAAGAGCGCAGUCGCCAAGUCCAGUACAUGGCGGAAAUUUACGCCAGGGCUAGCCGUGUGAUUGUUUGGCUUGAACAUGGAGCUGUCGGUGAUUGCACGAGGGACGCAAAGUCGCCCAAGGCUGGACAUGGAGCGCUUGAAGAGCUGAGCGACGCGGCAAACGGCCGAUCCAAGUCUUUGACGAAAUUUUCAGAUGUGCGGGUGGAUUAUCCGGCAAUUUGUGCCAUUCUCCAAGGCUCGUGGUUCGAGCGAGUCUGGGUACUUCAAGAGGUUGCUGCGGCUCGACAAGUUCUGGUCAUGUGCGGCGACUGUGUCAUUGAUGGAUACGCAUUCUGCACGGGGCUUCAGGCACUGAACAUCACCUUUGAAGACACUUCUAUGCAGAGGCGGCUGGCAUCCGCUGUCAAUCUGAUUAAAUCUGCAGGCCUCAGACCCAAGCAGUUGACUGGCUUCUCAACCCCCUUUUCUCUCAACAUUUGCACUCUCGCAGAGCUGGUGGACAUGUUUCACAAUCGUAAAGCUACGGAUAAACGCGACAAGGUGUAUGCAUUGUUGGGAAUGAGCAAAGAUGCACCUACCGCCUUGCUGCCUGAUUAUACGAUUACGUGGAAGGAUUGCUUCUGUCGACUUAUUUGUCACUUGAUUGGAGAGCAGGCAUCUAUUAGAACCUGGGAGAAUAGAGAGAUUGCAAUAGUCAAAAGCAAGGUUCACGUCCUUGGCAAGGUGUCCUCGUUGUCAAGUACAUACCCUUGGGAUACAAGCCAAAGUGUGGACGUGGUACUUUAUUCAAAGUCGGAGUUCUACUUUACGGGGAUUUCUUAUGGUCGCUGGACUCUUCAAGCCGCUACGAAUCCGAUACAGAGUGGCGACAUUAUUUGUCUUUUGGAAGGAGCUGCGAGGGCGACCAUUGUUCGACCGGCUGCGGACUACUGCGUCAUUGUUGCGAUUGCAGUGUCUCCCAAGAUUUCUGAGCCACCAAAGAGUCAGCCCCUCGACUGGCCGGGCUUCCUGGGGCGCAUAAAGACGUUUCAUCACGACCUCGUACUGAUUUGGGACUGGGAAGUGUCAUGGAACGAGCCGAAAAAGGGUAAUGAUGACUACAAAAACUUUAUCCAUGACCGAAAUUUGACAGACGAGGAAAUAGAAACAAAAGGCAGUUUGAUGGAAAAGGGGAACAGACUGGUGGGCAUUGGAGUGCUGCUUGCCCAUGCGGAGAGAUUUGAGGAUGCCGCCGCUUCGUUCCGGACAGCAGUAAAAUUCUACGCAAUGACGCGUGAGGAGAUCAUCUCACUGCCAGCGGUUGAUCUGCCGAAGCUUAGGCAGACUGCGAGUGAGCGGUCAGAGAGGAAGCAGUCUUGGUGGCUCUUGGAGAAGACCGGAUACACUCCACGAGAAAAGGCCGAGCAAUGGCACAUAAUGGCCGAAAUCUGGAGGCAGGGCGGGUAUGAUGUCGCGAUAUCAGAGGAUGUGACGACACAAAUUGUGCGAAAGCUUGGGUCCGAAUUGAUGAGGCCGUUUCUCGAUCGAUAUGGAGAUGAUGUAGUCAUCACGGCCAAGGUGGCCGAAGCGGCAGCAGAGAGCCCUGAUGGUGAAGAGGUACUAGGUCUCCUUCUGAACCGAUACGGAAACGACGUGGCUAUCAACGAAGAUUUGGUGGUAGCGGCAGCCUGGAGAGGUUGCGGGCCGGAUGCACUAGCACUCCUACUUGAUCGAUACGGCGAUCAAAUCGUCAUUACCGAAAGAAUUGUGGAAGCAGCUGCUCGGAACAUGGAUGGUGGGCAAGCGGUCAAGAUCGUCUUGGGCCAGCGUGGCGAGGACAUUACCAUGACCGAAAGCCUGGUCAGGGCGGCGGCAAGCAACAAACAGUCGGGGAGGUAUGUGAUGAAGCAGCUGCUCAGCCGAUGCACAGGCAGGAUCCCCGUGGACGAAUGGAUGCUCAAGAUUAUCGCCGGAAACGACGACUGGGGACUCGACGUUAUGAAGUCGCUCCUGGCGCAAGACAAAGCAGACGAAACGGUCAUUUCAGAGGACGUCAUGGUGGCAGCGGCAGGUAACAUGAAGUAUGGAAAUGAUAUGGUCGAGAUGCUGCUCGGAGAGUACGGGGACCGGAUCGUUGUCACGGAGAAGAUGAGGAGGGCAGCAGCUGGGAAUGGGAUUUUUGGCAAACUGGUGAUGCAACAGCUCAUGAAGCAUGGUGGAGGAAAAGCAGUUGCCAAGCAAGAGUCAAGGUAG